AUGUCCCCCUUUAUCUCACCUACUCCUUCUAACCUGCAGGUUGAACCGAUUCUAGGUACUAAGGGGCAAGGUAGGGACGAGUUGACUAUAAGGAUUGAACAGCAGCGCGCGAAAAUUCGAGCCCUUGAAAUUGCGGCCGAGGAGUGGAAUCAGCGCAGAGAGAGGGAGGCUCGGGAGGCUCGGGAUCAAGCUCGCGGUGAGGCCGCUGCUAGAGCGAGUGAGCAGAUGCAGUUGCUUGCUCGUCAGCAGGAUGACCAGCGCCGUAGAGAGAGGGAGGCCCGGGAUCGAGCUUGUUUACUGGCACAUGAGCGCCAUGAAGCUGCUGCUAAAGCAAAGAAGGUUCAAGAGGCUGAGGAACGUAAGCUGGCAAAGCUCAGAAAGACGGAUCAGAAGCAGGCCUUACGUGUCCAAAAGGAGCAGGAGCGCCGGUUACGAGAGGAGCAGAGGGUAGCGACACAGAGAUCGCGGGAAGAGAAGCAACUACUGCGUGACCAGGAAGACGACCAGCGUCGGUUAGACCGACAGGCCCAGGAUGAGGCGGAAGGACGUAUCGUUGCCUUCGAUGGUGUCCUCCCUUCUUUCCUAGAUGAGGAAUACCAGUAUAUGAAGCAAGCCUCGACCACUUUCCCAGAGAAGAUCACCUCCGAUAUCCAGAUGAGGUGUAUGAGGGAUUACCAGAAGGCGAUCUCAAAUGCCUCGAGACGUCUACCAUGUGGACUCUGUAGGGGCCAGUUCCAGGAGGAUGAGAUAUCAGUAGUCGUCGAUUACUCUAUUUUGGACUCUUGGCCUAAUCACUACAUUCCUCUGGAGAUCAGAGACGCAUUUAUCACAUUAGGUUCUAAGCUAAGCUCUACAGAUAUUCCGGUAGAAGACGAACGGGAAAGCUACGUUAUAUUGUUACAAGAUGGCCUUUUUGAGAACGAGCUAGAUACAGAGGUAGAGGACGCCGAACCUGGUAAUGUUCUCAGCGGGUCCUUCUUCUCUGACCUUCAGGGUCAGUAUCUCAACUCCACCCUAGCUACUUUGGCAAGCCUUCAGGCCAUCCUCCAAGAGCAAAGUUCUGGCUAUUCACAGCCAAAGGAAGAUGGUGCUAUUGAUGCCCAGGAUGAUGCGGAAGGCGCUCCAAAUGAUAGCUCUCGCUUGCCUGCAUUUACAGACUCUAAUUAUUUUACAGCCGCGUUCUUUACUUUAUUUCCGUUUAACAUAGGUGGACAUUUAGGCGACGUGAUAUUAUAUUAUUCUGAUCUUGCAACUUCUCUCAACACAUCGCUACUCUCAAUUCGUGUACCACCGAGAACAGAAUCGCCAAUAGGGAGACUCCACCUGAGAGGGCCAUUAUACGACUCAAUCGCAUCCGGGAGCAAGCUAACUUUGUACAUCUCUGGGCAUUUGCCGAAGCGCAAAGUCAGAAGAUCUACCUCUUUCCCGCUAAGCACGAUGCACUUACUAGGACAAAUCUGGACUAUCUCGCACUGCUCCGGACGAUCUACUCAGUCGGUGAAGAAAGUUACUUGA